UCACCCAAAAAUCUCAAAAAUCUACCAUUGCUAUGUCAUUUGGUAAAUUCAAGAGAACUCAACCCAAAAAAAAAACUUUCAAUAAUGUAGUUCAUCUUUGUCCAUUCUUUUAAAGCUUCGCUCGAGAGCCUCUUGAACCGAGAGGUACCAACCACGGAAAAUUUCAAGAGCUAUUGAGAUGGAAAAAAAAGUCUUUGAGAUCAUUGCAAGUCUCUGGGGCAGAGAAUGGUUUUUUUUUUACUUUACAUAAAAGAUUUUUAGGGACAGUGAUCUUAAUUUAUUCAUAACGCAUUCAUCUUCAUUUUUGACUUUGGACCGUGGUUGUGUCUUCAAUCGAUGCGAAGUACGUAAAAUCUGGGGCUGUGUGCAGGAUAAAUUGUGGAUCUUGAGACCCUCAAAAUAAAUAUCUCACGUCAUGAUUUAUUUGUAUUGUUCUUCUCUAUAUAAAAAUCAUCAUUCAGCGCAUCGUGCCUGUUCCCGGGAAGUUAAGGUAGUUAUUCGGGGUUUCAGGCAAAAGUCCGGGAGGUUUUUUUUUGGGAAUUCAAUAUAUGAGAACAAGGGGAAUAUGCAAUGCCAAAGAGACCUCAAUAUUUUGUCGCCCCAUAUUCAUAACAUCAUAAAUAUUUUGUCUAACAUCACACAGACAUGCGGGGAAGAAUACCCCGAGAUCCCAUCUUAUUGUCCUCUGGGCCAGGUACGCGCGGGGUCCCGUAUAUGAGUGUGUGACAAUUGAUUCGGCUAAAGGAGCUCUCUGCGCGCAUUCAAGGUAAAAGGUAACAAGAAAAAAGGUGAUAUCUUCAGGACUUCAUUAUUUAUCGAGGCCCUUGUGUGCCCCACAUAUUCCCAUUUGAUACACUUCUUUCCCUCUCGCAGCCAAAAUGUCAGCCAUCCCAUUGUCACGGGGUUUGUCCCAUUCACUGACAAUCUGUUUGUUGGUCAACAGCCAAUUGUUGCCUUGCGCAAGGGGGUUGACUUUGACUCCAUAUAGUGAGAAUCCCAAAGACAUAUCGUUCGUGUACUUUCCCUCCAUCAGAUUGAUGCAUCCACUCGAGCUCCGGUUCUGGCAUUAAUAUGAUAAACAGAUUUAAGGAGUCUUCACGGUGCCACAUUUACCAACAAUAAAACGUCAAAGACAUGCCAUUAAUCUUCACGCAACAAACCAACUUUUGCACUUUUUUUGUCAUCAUCCACCAAACCCUCACCGUGUGUAUUUUUCUUUUCUCCAUCGCGUCAAUUGUGAUGCAACAUGCCAUUUAAUUUCCCACAAAGAAGAGAGCAUUUCUCGAGUCCUUCUUUGCUGACAAAAAAUUGUCUCUUUUUUAUUUUUGUCCUUCUCUUUUAGCAUUUAAAGUGCAAAGAAGGUGAGAAAGUCAAUGUACCUGAAUGGAAUACCUUUGAUCUACUUAUCUCAUUUGAAUUGUGCUUAAAAAUAGUCGAAGAAUCUAACUUUUAGAAAAAUUCUUUUUCACAAAUUGCUGUUAGAAACCCUAAUAAUUCUUAAAUAUUAGAAAAGAUACAUUAAUCGUUGAAACAGGAGGACCAUCGAACGUUGGAAUAAACUUCAAGCAUUAGAAAAUAAAUGUAAAUCAUUUAAAAGAAACGUCAAUCGUAAGAAAAAGAAUGUCAAGCAAUUGACAAAAGCUGCUAAUUUGAAUGUAACAGCCGUUAAAAGGGGUUUAGUAAUUUUAAUCUGCAUAAAUCUCAACUUUUCAGUCAUUCUUCGACUUCUUCUCAGAACUUCCCCAUGAUUUCCCAACUAUUAUAUAUUGUACCCAUUGUAUAUAGUAAACUUUCCAUCCCAACGAACUUCACAAGUUUGAAUUGCAAAGUUGAGGAUUUUUUAUUUUUAAAGCAUAGAUGUCGUAUCAUAAGCUCUCAAUGUUUCAUUCACAUUUCCCCCGCAAACGCGCGUGAAUUUUGGCGGGAAACUAAACGCAUGACCGACCACGUGCAGAGAGUGAGUUUAAUGUGAUUAAAUAUUCACUGAGACGGAGUAAAUCCGUCAAAUUCCAGGUAGAUUUCUAUUGAUUGGCUUAAUUGCGUGAUAGAAUUUCGAUGGGCGGGUUCUUGAGUGAAAAAUUGUCGGUAGCACUAAAAGCAUUUACAAGCAGAUCAAUUUGAAUAAAAUACUUCCUCGGGGCGGCAACACGGGGAAGUCUCUACUGGAGAGAAUUAUGGAAAUUUUGAAGGGGGAUUGACACAGAAGUGGAGAUGUGUUUGCGAUUGUGAAUAGUUUAUUUGGAGAACUUACGACAUACACGGUUGUUUGUUGAUAAACAAACAAUUACCUUGUCAAUCAUGCGAAAGAGUAUGUCUUAUGGGUGGCAUAUACACCCCCGUACUCCGCACGAAAAAAAAACUUUCCACGUGUUGCGCCAGGAAAAGUGAAUGGGAUACUCUCUCUCUCGGCAUUUCCCUGUUCUCACCAAAAUGCCGUGUUUCUCUCGGCACGGCGGGACGGCGUCGGAGUACGUCGGCAGUGACUUUGAGAAAGUAUCUACUGUUCAGUUUGGCGGUAGAUAACGAACAUACCAGACGCUUUUCCGCAACCACCCACAAGUCUCUUGGGGAAUCAAAGGAGAUUUCUUCUUUCUUUCUUUCAUUUUUCAUGGCAUCAGGAAGUGGCACGCGUCUCAUUUUGCACCGACAUAUGUACCGGAAGUACAGGGUGCUGGUGAAAAGUGUACACGCUUAUGGUGAAAAUUAAAUAGAUAAGUUUUGCUAUUUGUGUCGGUUAACGCAGAAUGAUUUAAAAAUCAAUUAUAAGUGAAUACAGGCAGAUUUUGUGAAGAGAGUAAUCACCCCAUCAUCAAUGAAAAGUUGUAAUCAAUGGGGAAAAAAUAUAUUUUCAAUUAACAAGAACUGUGAGUGGAAUGGAGGUAAAAAACGCGAUAAAAUGAAUAAUUUCUAGUGCAACAUAUAAAAUAACAUUCGACGGGCUUUUUUUUGUGAAAAUGAAAAGCCAUCUCUCGGUGCGAGUGACAUCAAUUUGAAGGAUAUUUUUGGUGGAGAUUUUCGCAAUAUAUAUGGACUUUUUUAGCCAGUAGUGUGACAAGAGAGCACCUGAGUCUCUUAAUUAAAAAUUGCAAUAAAAAGUGCUGCAGGCUCUACACAAAAAUGUCCGACAGAGAUGAGAUUGAUGACAAUUCCGAGGUUGUUUCCGGUGAGAACUCCCAACUCGAUGAUCUAUACACGAGGUAUAGGCAACGACUCCGGAAGAGCCUCUUCACAUCCGGCCUGGCAAUUGCACUCAUCACAUGCACUGUUUCAGUUAUUUUCUGCGGCCUUGGAGUUCAGCGCCUGAUGGAUUUGGUGAUGCUACCCAUUGUCAGUGUUAUCCUCCUCAGUGUUCUCGUGGCUCUUCAAUUUCCUGCUGUGCUGAACUCACCUCUAGCUGCUCUGGGGUUUGCCAUCCUUGCCACUGUUUGUUUGGGUGCUGCUGCCACAUUUGUCGGUGGUCAUGUUGCACCUCUACCACUUUUCGCCCUAAUCCUGGGUGUUCACACAAUGCUACCUGUCUCAUGGCCAUGUUCCGUAGUUCUUGCAGUUAUUCUCUCACUUGUUCAUUUGGCCUACAGGAUAGGGACAAAUUUUCAGGAAUUUCCACCAAUUUUCCUGCAGCAGCUGAGCGGUGAAGCUAUCCUCCUGGCUACGGCAAGCGUUUCUGGGCUAUACUACCGAAUAAUGUCGGAUGCAGCUCACAAUCGCACUGUUGAUGGCACAAGGACGGGUAUUGAGCAACGUGUGAAGCUUGAAUGUGAGCGGGAGCAACAGGAGCAACUCCUUCUGAGCGUCAUCCCAGCCUACAUUGCAGCUGAGGUAAAACGGAGUAUUAUGCUCAAAAUGGCUGAUGCGUGCCAUCAUCAAUCAGGUGGGGGGCAAACCACACGCUUCCACGAGUUAUACGUACAGCGGCACAACAAUGUUUCCAUUUUGUAUGCUGACAUUGUUAAUUUCACGCCACUUUCCGAACAACUCACUGCAAGUGAUCUCGUAAAGACCCUCAAUGAGCUCUUUGGGCGUUUCGAUCAGAUUGCUCAGGAGAAUCAAUGUUUGCGGAUUAAGAUCCUCGGUGAUUGCUACUACUGCGUGUCCGGGUUGCCAGUAUCCCGACCACAACAUGCUGCUAACUGUGUCAACAUGGGCUUAGCAAUGAUUGAGGCUAUUCGAUUUGUUCGGGAGGCCACGGGAUUCAAUGUGGACAUGAGAAUUGGUGUACACACGGGUAAUGUCCUGUGUGGUGUCCUAGGGCUCCGCAAGUGGCAAUUUGAUGUGUGGAGUGACGAUGUGACAUUGGCUAAUCACAUGGAAAGCGGUGGAGUUGCCGGACGAGUUCACAUCACAAAAGCAACAUUGGAUCAUUUGGAUGAUAAAUUUGAGGUGGAGCCAGGGAAUGGAGCUAAUAGAGAAGCAUACCUGGCUGAUCAUAAAGUUGAAACAUACCUCAUUGUGCCACCAAAGAAGUCAACAUCGGAUUUGUCAAAGGUGACACCAAACAGUUCCCCAAAGCCACCAGACUCCCUACCAAUAAGUAAGGUGUCAAUUUUGGAGCCAGAAGAGGAAAUAUGUGACGCAAAGACACCACCAAUCUCCGACAGUGACUCCCGGGAUGAGCUCAGGAUUGCCACGGUGACGCUCCAGAUAACACCAACAAUCACCGAGGAGGAUGGGGAUAACAAUGUAAAUGAGAGAGAUAUGAACAAAAAGUCCUGCUUGUCACUACCUGUGGAGCCAAUGAAUGGUAUAACACCACCAGCUGUACAUGAUCGUCGAAAGCUUUCAGUGCAGGGCUUGAUGGGUUUUGGGGAGAGAAGACGCUCCUCUGGUGCUUUUCUCACAGAUCUCACACGUAAAAUGUCCAUAUCAAAUGGUGAUGGAUUUGCCACCCCAGGUGGACCACCUAUACGUAGUCGCCCCUCAUCCAAAAUGACCAAAUAUGUGGAGUGUUGGGGUGCAGAUAAACCCUUCGCCAAUAUCACUGACUCAACAAUGGCGAAAAAUAUAGGCCUAGCCAGUAUCGCGAUGAUUGAAUCGAAUUUACUCCCACCGGAAACCGCGUGUAGCGAUUGCGGUUGCUUUGGACCACCCAAAGAGCUCAAACCUGUAACAAUGUGGUAUAGGAAUAAGCCACGUGAAGCACUCUACCGCAUGCAGCCGGAUCCACAUUUUAGAUAUGACUUAAUAUGUGCAUUUAUAAUGUUCCUCUCAAUUGCCGUGAUCCAGCUUAUUGUUGUUAGAAGUAAUGUUGCUCUUUUGGGAUCACUUGGUGCUUGUUUAAUAUCCCUUGGCAUUUUUUUGUAUCUGAGCCACUCGCAACUAGGCGAGUCCUCAUCCCCAGGAUCCCAUGGUCCUGGGCAAGUGAUAGCAAAUAGUCGUCCUCUGCGGAUGGCUAUAUUCUUUGUAACAAUCGCUUUAAUAUCUGCUUUUGCUGUGUUUAGUGUGAUCAACUUUGAAGAUGAAUAUCCUGUGAAUACAGUGAUGAAUAUGACUGAGUUACCACCAAUUGUAGAACCAAGACUCUAUGAAGCAGCACCAACGUAUAUUUUUUGCUGUGCACUUAGCCUCUCGGCAAUUUCAGCCUUCCUAAAGGCUGGCUUUGUCCUCAAAUUUGCCUCAAUGAUCCUCGCGAUAACCCUUCAAGGUGUUGUCCUCCACUUUAGUGAUCUCUUUCAGCGCUACGACGCACUCAACCCCUACCCGUGGCCACUUGUCCUCCAGGGGGUCCUCUUUAAUCUCCUCAUUGCCGCUGUGCUGCACACACUCGAUCGUCAGGGUGAAUUUGUCUCCCGCACAGACUUCCUGUGGAAGGCAAAGCUCAAAACGGAACAAGAGGAAGUUGAGACAAUGCGGGGAAUUAAUAAGAUUCUCCUCGAAAAUAUCCUCCCAGCACACGUGGCAUCGCACUUUCUGCGCAAAGAUCGUUCAGAUGAUCUCUACCACGAAAGCUAUUCAUGUGUUGCCGUGAUGUUUGCCUCCAUUCCCAAUUACAAGGAAUUCUACGAUGAAUCCGAUGUGAAUAAGCAGGGGCUUGAGUGCCUGAGGCUUCUCAAUGAGAUUAUCUGUGACUUUGAUAAACUCCUCCUAAAGCCAAAGUAUAGUGGCAUCGAAAAGAUUAAAACCAUCGGAAGUACAUAUAUGAUUGCAUCCGGAUUAAGACCAGGAAAGGAAGAAGGGGCAACGAAAUCCAACAUAUUGGACGAAAAACGUACGGAGGAACACAACGUGGUAAUCGUUGUGGAUUUUGCCAUAUCCCUGAUGUCAGCACUGGAUCAAAUAAAUCGCGAAUCCUUCCAGAGAUUCCGUCUGAGGAUGGGACUGAAUCACGGGCCCGUUAUAGCUGGGGUCAUAGGUGCGCAGAAGCCCCAAUAUGAUAUUUGGAGUAAUACAGUGAAUGUGGCAUCGAGAAUGGAUUCGUGUGGCGUCAUGGGUCGUCUUCAGACAACAGAGCACACGGCAAAGGUUCUCAUGACAGCGGGAUAUGCGUGCGAUUGUCGGGGUCCAACGUACGUCAAGGGAAAGGGGACACUCACCACGUACUUCGUAAAGACACCAUACGACGAGAAGAUUUAAGCACCGCAUCCAAAUCUCAGAAUCACCAAUCUCCACGAGCAAAUCCACCGCCGCAUUUUACUUGUGCUGUGUGUGUCCCAGGGAAUCAACAAAUCACAAGCUCACCACCCCCGCAGACGUGCUGCUAUUUCCCACGCAACCCAUACUACAGAGGGAGAUUACAUUCUCCUCGCUCAUGGAAUAUUUUCCCAAGGAAUCAGGGCAGUUUGUGCCGCUGAAUAAAACCAUCCCGCACCACCACGACCACCUCCCAGCCUCAAAAGGCCACCAUAUAGAGGCGAAGAUUACCCCAAUGGAUGUUUGUGCACUUGGUGCUAUGUUGCGGCACACAUAAUGGAAGAAUCAGUAGAUUUUGCCAAAGGCUAAUCAUUUGAUCAAUUAUUGACGUAGAACAUUAGGUCGUUAGUGUAAAUGAGAUGGGUGGUUGUUACCAUCCCCAUUACUUGAUGUAAAAAAAAAACAGAGAGACAAGCAACAGAUUUAGAAGAGGAAAUAAAAUUAAUAUAUAAUUGAAAGACAAAA